GAGGCUUGCUCUGCUUUCUUUGUCUCUCAAGCCUGAACAAGACAAGACUACUUCCAUUUAAUUUCCCUCACAAGCCAACAGCAGGCCCCUCCCCGGGUCUACUCUCCAAAUCCCACGUUCCAGCACCCAGCAUCCAUGCGCACUGGCAAACACCUGUCUCAGGCUGGGGCGUGCAGGACCGUGGCCCAGACCAUCUAUGUAGGUCUCACUCUGUCCUGUCUGUGACAGACCAGUUAUUGGACUACCCUCUGAACCCCCAAGGCUCUCCUCUGCUUCAGCUCAUCUCCCUGCUGGUAAGAGGCCCUCCCCAGACGCAGGGGCCUUUUCAUGCCUUCGGCUCCCCACGAGGGUGCAGGUGUAAUCCUGCUUCCUCUCCUCUGCCUUUGCCUUCUCCCUUUCACCCUACCCAUCACGUGGGGGUCUCUCUGGUCCUUUUAGGUGCCCACGGUCCUCUGUUAGUGUUCGGCAGGUGCUCUGUGGUAACUGCUUCACGUGUAGAUGUCUCCUUGAUACAUUUGUGGGGAGAGAGAAACUCCAUGUCCUCGUACUCCUCCACCAUCUUGGAAAAAUCCCAUCUCCCUUUUAAGAAAAGUAUUCUUUUAAUUUUUUCCUGGAAUCUUAUAUUCAGGUAGGAAAUGUUGGUGGGCACUAUUAAUAUCAUGUUUUGAUGUUGAAAUAAGGAGAGAUGUUACUAGACAGUUAGUAUCACUUCACUGGUUUCCACCUCUGAUGGCCCUUUGAUCAACCCCAUUGCCUUCUGGAACAGGCCUAUAGAGGUUUUAAGAGUAGGAGGCUGUGUUGUUACUUUUCUGCAAGAUGGAUCUAUGUGGCUAAGCUUCUGAGUAGCUGAAUCUUAGCUAUGAAGAUGCAAAAACUCUCACAUCUGAUUGAUGUCAGUUUCUAAAUCCACAUAACCACUUGUGAUAACAACAUGAAGAUGACAGCAGGCCAGUGGUUGUUGAGUACUUACUCCAUAUGCUGGGCCCUAUGCUAGUAAGGACUUUGUAAACAUUUUUUCAUUUAAUCCACAAAAAGCCUCUGUGAGCAUCCUAAUUCCCAUCUUAUUUAUGUGGAAGCUCAGAGAAUGUAACUUGCCUGAGAUCACACUGUGAGUUAUCACAUCAGAUCCAAGACACAAAGGUCCAUGGGUCUCUCAGAUCCUGAAACUUAUUCAUUACAUUAGAUCUGGAUUCAGAAAGCAUCCUUUGGUGUAGAAUUUGGGGAAAUCUCAGUUCUUUGGACUUUUUCUCUAUAAUAAACUCUGUCAUUUGAUUUACAGGCAAGAACUGUCAGACCAUAUUGGCUCCCUGUUCCCCAAACCCUUGUGAGAAUGCUGGUAUUUGCAAAGAGGCACCAAAUUUUGAGAGUUACACCUGCCUGUGUGCUCCUGGCUGGCAAGGUCAGCGAUGUACCAUCGACAUUGAUGAGUGUGUCUCCAAGCCCUGCAUGAACCAUGGUCUCUGCCAUAACACCCAGGGCAGCUAUAUGUGCGAAUGUCCGCCAGGCUUCAGUGGCAUGGACUGUGAGGAGGACAUUGAUGACUGCCUUGCCAAUCCUUGCCAGAAUGGAGGUUCCUGUGUAGAUGGAGUGAAUACUUUCUCCUGCCUGUGCCUUCCGGGCUUCACUGGGGAUAAGUGUCAGACAGACAUGAAUGAGUGUCUGAGUGAGCCCUGUAAGAACGGAGGGACCUGCUCUGACUAUGUCAACAGUUACACCUGCAAGUGCCCGGCGGGCUUUGGCGGAGUCCACUGUGAGGACGACAUCGACGAGUGCACCGAGAGCUCCUGUUUCAAUGGUGGCACGUGUAUCGAUGGGAUUAACUCAUUCUCUUGCUUGUGCCCUGUGGGCUUCACCGGUUCCUUCUGCCUCCAUGAGAUCAAUGAAUGCAACUCUCAUCCAUGCCUGAAUGAAGGAGUAUGUGUUGAUGGCCUGGGUACCUACCGCUGCAUCUGCCCAUUGGGCUACACUGGAAAAAACUGUCAGACCCUGGUGAACCUCUGUAGUCGGUCUCCCUGUAAAAACAAAGGCACCUGCAUUCAGGAUAAAGCAGAGUCACGGUGUCUGUGUCCGUCUGGGUGGGCUGGCGCUUACUGCGAUGUGCCCAGCGUCUCCUGUGAGGUGGCGGCCUCCCACAGAGGGGUGCCCGUUGACCGCUUGUGCCAGCACUCAGGCGUCUGCAUCAGUGCGGGCAACUCGCAUCACUGCCAGUGCCCCCUGGGCUACACCGGAAGCUACUGUGAGGACCAGCUUGAUGAGUGCUCGUCCAAUCCCUGCCAGCACGGCGCCACCUGCCGGGACUUCAUUGGUGGAUACAGAUGUGAGUGUGUCCCUGGAUAUCAGGGUGUCAACUGCGAGUAUGAAGUGGAUGAGUGCCAGAACCAGCCAUGCCAGAAUGGAGGCACCUGUAUUGACCUUGUGAACCACUUCAAGUGCUCCUGCCCACCAGGCACUCGGGGCCUGCUUUGUGAAGAGAACAUUGACGACUGUGCCAGGGGCCCCCACUGCCUUAAUGGUGGCCAGUGUGUAGACAGGAUUGGGGGCUACAGUUGUCGCUGCUUGCCAGGCUUUGCUGGAGAGCGCUGUGAGGGGGACAUCAACGAGUGCCUGUCCAACCCCUGCAGCUCUGAGGGCAGCCUGGACUGCAUACAGCUCACCAACGACUACCUGUGCGUCUGCCGCAGCACCUUCACUGGUCGUCACUGUGAAACGUUCGUCGACGUGUGUCCCCAGAUGCCUUGCCUGAAUGGAGGCACUUGCGCUGUGGCCAGCAACAUGCCUGAUGGUUUCAUCUGCCGUUGUCCCCCGGGCUUCUCUGGGGUGCGGUGCCAGAGCAGCUGCGGACAGGUGAAGUGCAGAAGAGGGGAGCAGUGUGUGCACACAGCCUCGGGCCCCCGCUGCUUCUGCCCCAACCCCCAGGACUGUGACUCGGGCUGCGCCAGUAGCCCCUGCCAGCAUGGGGGGAGCUGCUACCCUCAGCGCCAGCCUCCGUACUACUCGUGCCAGUGUGCCCCGCCGUUCUGGGGCAGCCACUGUGAACUCUACACCGCCCCCACCAGCACCCCUCCCGCCACCUGUCUGAGCCAGUAUUGUGCCGACAAAGCUCGGGACGGCAUCUGCGAUGACGUGUGCAACAGCCAUGCCUGCCAGUGGGAUGGGGGGGACUGUUCCCUCACCAUGGAGGACCCCUGGGCCAACUGCUCCUCCCCGCUGCCCUGCUGGGAGUACAUCAACAACCAGUGCGACGAGCUGUGCAACACGGCCGAGUGCCUGUUUGACAACUUUGAAUGCCAGAAGAGUAGCAAGACGUGCAAAUAUGACAAAUACUGUGCAGACCACUACGAAGACAACCAUUGUGACCAGGGUUGCAACAGCGAGGAGUGUGGCUGGGAUGGGCUGGACUGUGCUGCUGACCGGCCGGAAAACCUGGCAGAGGGCACCCUGGUCAUCGUGGUGCUGAUGCCACCAGAACAACUGCUCCAGGAUGCCCGCAGAUUCCUGCGGGCACUGGGCACCCUGCUCCACACCAACCUCCGCAUCAAACGGGACGCCCAGGGGGAGCUCAUGGUCUACCCCUAUUAUGGUGGGAAGUCAGCUGCCAUGAAGAAGCAGAGAUUGACACGCAGGUCCCUUCCUGGAGAUCAAGAACCGGAAGUGGCUGGCUCUCAGGUAUUUCUGGAGAUUGACAACCGCCAGUGUGUUCAAGACUCAGACCAGUGCUUUAAGAACACAGAUGCAGCGGCAGCUCUUCUGGCUUCCCACGCCAUCCAGGGGACCCUGUCGUACCCACUUGUGUCUGUCGUCAGUGAAUCUCUGAUCCCGAAACCCACUCAGCUUCUCUACCUGCUUGCCGUUGCCGUCGUCAUCAUCUUGUUUAUCAUCCUGCUGGGCGUUAUCAUGGCAAAGCGAAAACGCAAGCACGGCUCCCUCUGGCUGCCUGAAGGCUUCACCCUUCGCCGCGACUCCAGCAACCACAAGCGUCGUGAGCCGGUGGGCCAGGAUGCUGUGGGCCUCAAAAAUCUCUCAGUGCAAGUCUCAGAGGCUAACCUAAUUGGUUCUGGAACAAGUGAACACUGGGUUGACGAUGAAGGGCCCCAGCCUAAGAAAGCCAAGGCUGAAGAUGAGGCUUUGCUCUCAGAAGAAGAUGACCCCAUCGAUCGGCGUCCAUGGACACAGCAGCACCUGGAAGCUGCAGACAUCCGUAGGACACCAUCGCUGGCUCUCACCCCUCCACAGGCAGAGCAGGAGGUGGAUGUGCUGGAUGUGAAUGUCCGCGGUCCAGAUGGGUGCACCCCACUGAUGCUGGCUUCUCUCCGAGGAGGCAGCUCAGACAUGAGUGAUGAAGAUGAAGAUGCAGAGGACUCUUCUGCCAACAUCAUCACGGACUUAGUGUACCAGGGUGCCAGCCUUCAAGCACAGACAGACCGGACGGGUGAGAUGGCCCUGCAUCUCGCAGCCCGGUACUCAAGGGCAGAUGCUGCCAAGCGUCUCCUGGAUGCAGGUGCAGAUGCCAAUGCCCAGGACAACAUGGGCCGCUGCCCUCUCCACGCCGCAGUGGCCGCGGACGCCCAAGGGGUCUUCCAGAUUCUGAUCCGCAACCGAGUAACUGAUCUAGAUGCCAGGAUGAAUGAUGGCACUACACCCCUGAUCCUGGCUGCCCGCCUGGCUGUGGAGGGAAUGGUGGCAGAACUAAUCAACUGCCAAGCAGAUGUGAAUGCAGUGGAUGACCAUGGAAAAUCUGCCCUCCACUGGGCAGCUGCUGUGAAUAAUGUGGAGGCAACCCUUUUGCUGUUGAAAAAUGGGGCCAACCGGGACAUGCAGGACAACAAGGAGGAGACACCCCUGUUUCUUGCUGCCCGGGAGGGGAGCUAUGAAGCAGCCAAGAUCCUGUUAGACCAUUUUGCCAAUCGGGACAUCACAGACCACAUGGAUCGUCUUCCCCGGGACGUGGCCCGGGACCGCAUGCACCACGACAUCGUGCGCCUGCUGGACGAGUACAACGUGACCCCCAGCCCUCCCGGCACAGUGCUGACUUCUGCGCUCUCACCCGUCAUCUGUGGGCCCAACAGACCUUUUCUCAGUCUGAAGCAUACCCCAAUGGGCAAGAAGUCUAGACGGCCUAAUACCAAGAGUGCCGUGCCCACUAGCCUCCCUAACCUUGCCAAGGAGGCCAAGGAUGCCAAGGGGAACAGGAGGAAGAAGUCUCUGAGUGACAAGGGCCAGCUGUCCGAGAGCUCAGUGACUCUGUCCCCCGUCGAUUCCCUAGAAUCUCCUCACACAUAUGUUUCUGACACCACCUCCUCUCCAAUGAUCACAUCUCCCGGAAUCUUACAGGCCUCCCCCAACCCCAUGCUGGCCACUGCCACCCCCGCUGCCCCAGUCCAUGCACAGCAUGCACUGUCUUUCUCUAACCUUCAUGAGAUGCAGCCCUUGGCUCAUGGGGCCAACACUGUGCUUCCCUCGGUGAGCCAGCUGCUGUCCCACCACCACAUUGUGCCCCCAGGCAGCAGCACUGCAGGGAGCUUGGGUAGGCUACAUCCAGUCACUGUCCCGGCCGACUGGAUGAACCGCGUGGAGAUGAAUGAGAGCCAGUACAACGAGAUGUUCGGUAUGGUCCUGGCUCCAGCUGAGGGCACCCAUCCUGGCAUAGCUCCCCAGAGCAGGCCGCCCGAAGGGAAGCAUUUAACCACCCCUCGAGAGCCCUUGCCCCCCAUUGUGACUUUCCAGCUCAUCCCCAAAGGCAGCAUUGCCCAACCAACUGGGGCUGCCCAGCCUCCGUCCAACUGCCCUCCAGCCGUUGCAGGCACCCUGCCCACCAUGUAUCAGAUUCCAGAAAUGGCUCGCUUACCCAGUAUGGCUUUUCCCACUGCCAUGAUGCCCCAGCAGGACGGGCAGGUUGCUCAGACCAUUCUCCCAGCCUAUCACCCCUUCCCAGCCUCCGUGGGCAAGUAUCCCACACCCCCGUCACAGCAUAGCUAUGUUUCCUCCAAUGCUGCUGAGAGAACGCCCAGUCACAGUGGUCACCUCCAGGGUGAGCAUCCCUACCUGACACCGUCCCCAGAGUCUCCUGACCAGUGGUCAAGUUCAUCACCCCACUCUGCUUCUGACUGGUCAGAUGUAACCACCAGCCCCACUCCUGGGGGCGCUGGAGGAGGUCAACGGGGACCUGGGACACACAUGUCUGAGCCACCACGCAGCAACAUGCAGGUCUAUGCAUGAAAGAGUCUGCCUCCAGCCUAGACACAGAACUCCUCUUGUAAAUGCUGCUGAGGAACAAAUGAAGGUCAUCCGGGAAAGAAAUGAAGAAAUCUCUGGAACCAGCUUCUGAAGGCAGGAGAGAGGAGAGGCUGUUAUCUUGUAGAUAAUAUGAAGAAGCGAGUUCAUUAGCUUCACUGUGCAUCUGUGGGGUUUGGGGAACAUGGAAGGGACAAGGCUCCUUGUAAUCUCUUGCCCGUCAAGUCCCCAAGUUCACAGAACUGCAAGAUGAAUACAAGACUUGGGACCGCAUUUCCUCUCUUCAAUACAGAGAAUAAGAUGGAUGCCUGUUGUAGACAUUCUUGCAGCCUGGAGUGCAUUUUUCAGCCUUGGGGGCUUCUGCCAUAUCCAUGAGAAGAUUCUGCAAUAGAUUCCUACGGGGAAUUGUGCCCUGGAAUUCUUCCAGAUGUGACCUGUCUCCUAUUCUUAUCCUUGGAAAAUUCUUUUGACUUCAUUUGGUGCUUUAAUUGUGCACCUCUCUGUGGCUGGAACCCCACCUGCAUGUUCCAGAGCAGGACCUUUGUGCUUUGAAUCAUGCCUGCUCUGGAGGCACCUGCAGCCUCCCCUUUCCCUCCUGUUUUCCCAGUGUCCCUAGGAGCCUCAUGGGGUUUACCUUUAUGGUCCCAGCAGAAACCUUUCAAGUAUGUUUCUUUAGAAAAUGGACAUAGUCCUUUCUCCUACAUAUCAUUCUUUAAAAGAAGGGGAGCAAAAUAUUUUUCUUUGAACCCAUUUAGGGGACCAGGACCCCCUUCAAGAAGCUGCGCCUAAAUUCUCUUGCCUACAUUCUGGUUCCUACAAACCUUACCAGGAAGAAAAGUAAGGAUCUUCUUUUUUUUCCAUUUGUCUGCCUAGUAAGUGUGAAGGUUUAUCCUUGGCAGUGUAGCUAAUAUGACCCCUUUAAAAAAACAAAACCCAAACAGACCAAGGUUUAGAAUGUUGGAAUGACCAAGAGAGCCAAGAGAUAAGCUGACUCAUUCAAGAAGUGAUUACCCACUAACCGGUCCCUGCCAAGCAUUCUGUUGACUGCCAACAUCAAACACGUUGUUACAGGCCUUAGAACCCUUGGCCUGCUUCACUCACACAUCCAGCAGAUGAAGACUGUUGUAAUUGUUGAGCCUUCAAACGACAUUCCCUUGCCAUUUAGAACUGAACUUUCGUCUGCUGAAGGGCCUCCUCCUCAACCCCUUUGACAGUCAUCUUCCCCUAGUCAGGUGGUCACAAUCUCUACUUCCUGACAUUCCUUCUGAUCCCAGGCCCCUUCACCUAUCUUCCUGCCACACUUUGUGGUCUGAUUACUGGUGCACCCAGUAACACCUGGGUUUUCUGUGUUCAAGUGUGGGAAAUAGAAUCCUGGCCUAGUUUCUGUGGCCAAAGCCAGUCUUACAAGAAGGUUGGAAAGGGAGGAAUUAUGAGGUAGCCUUUGCUAUUUUCUGCUCCCAGUUCCUUUUCUUUCAGGCGGUCAUGAAAUUUCCCACUAGGCAAGUAACAUAGACACUUAUCAGGGAUAUUUUCCUCUCAUAGAGUCACCUUCUAGAUGAUAAUGGGCAAAAAUAGACUUACUGUCUUGUCAUCUUAAUGUUCAGAGUGUGAUUGCAUCUCACCCAAGUCUGCUUCCUGUAUUUUUGGUCUUGGCAACUUUUUUGACCCUCUGUCAAGGACAUGCAUUCUAUCCAACACUAGAAAGAGGAGAAAAGUAGUUUUAAUUCCUCUUCUCCCUGAGUUAGCUAACAACUGGUUCUGUCUCCACACUGUCACUUUUGCCCGGUGCUAUGAUAUCAUGACAAUGGAAAAUUAGUUCUUCUGGGGGCAUUUUGUAGAUAUUAAUAGGUGGUCUGCCCACUCUGUGUUGGCUUCAAUGAUAGUUUUCCUUACUGCCUUGCCUGAGAGUGUUCAUCAGUUCUUCCCAUUUACCAGAUUUAUCUGUCCAUGGCUUCAUAUGGAAACCCUAUGUGUCUUUUAGCAUGGAAGUCUACAAAGAGUUUUUCUAGUCCUGCCCAAGUUCACUGAACUAAAAAUAUAAUUCAUUUUCCCCUGAUAUAAGCAGAUUAUUUUUUCACUCUGUAUUUUAUUCUCUCACGUGGCAACUCUACCAACCCCUUUCAUAGGGUGAAGCAUUUUAUCAUUCUGAAUGGUGAUUCUUUAUCCUUGGACCUAUUCGUUGAUUCACAGAUGGGGAGGACCCGUCUCCAUGGACCACUAUGGACCUCACCACAUCUACACUUCUCUGUCAUCCCAUUCUGGCCCCCCUUCUUCAGAGUGUCAGCUCUGAUCCAGCAGCUUGAUCCCUCAUAGCUUCCUCCGUCUGUAAGCACACUGUGGGCC